CCGAUACCCCCGAAUCGAGCGCGGCUCUUCCCAGUCGACGUGCGUCGCCGGGUAGUUGGAAAUUCAGAGCCAGAGGCAGAGCCACGCCAUCUUCAUAUCCAAGCCAAAGCUCCAGGCCUUUGCGUCAAAUUUUUAUUUUAUUUUUUACAAUGACCUUUCAAGCGCCACUGCCGGCACACGUCGCAGCGCCCUCGACACUGGACGUGGACAUCGGCUCGCUCACGGCGCUCGCGUUGCACACGCAGCCCUUGCCCGCGCUGUACCCUGUGCCGGUACUGCUGCAGGCGCUCGUCAGCGGCAGUGGUAGCGCCGUGGCGGCGCUCAUCGAUCACACGCUGCUGGCGCCCUCGUCGUCGCUGAGCGCGAUCGAUGCCGUGUGCGCCGACGCUGUCGCGUGCGGCGCCAAGACUGUGUGCGUGAACAGCAGCGUCGUCUCGCAUGCCGUGCAGGCGCUGAAAGGCAGUGCUGUCUCCCCGAUCGCCGUCGUUGGAUUCCCGUUCGGCGCCGGCAACACCGCGGGGAAGGUCGCGGAGACGGUGCAGGCCGUCAAAGACGGCGCGAAAGAGAUUGACAUGGUGCAAAACAUCGGCCUGCUCAAGUCUGGCCUUUACGCAGCCGUCUGGGCAGAUAUUGCAUCCGUCGUGCACGCCGCGGCGGGAAGCCCAGUCAAAGUGAUCCUCGAGACAGCGCAGCUGACACCGCUCGAGAUCGCCAUCAGCUCGUACAUCGCUGUCGGCGCUGGCGCGCGCUUCCUCAAGACGUCCACAGGGUACGGCGGCUGUGGCGCCAAGGCGGAGGACGUGCGGCUUAUGUACGAGAUCGCGCAGCGCUACGGAAACGGCAAGGUCGAGGUCAAAGCGAGCGGAGGCAUCCGGAGCUUCGAGACGGUCAAAACGAUGGUUGCGCAUGGUGCGACCAGGGUCGGCGCGAGCGGGACCAAGGCAAUUGUUGCAGAGGCCAACGGAGGAGAAGCCUCCCAGCUAGCUGCCGCAGGGUCAUACUGAAAUUAUCCGGCAUAGACUUGCAAUACAUUUUAUUUCCAGACAACCAUCUAGGGGAUGCCAGGUAUUCCAUUCGGAUUGCAGUCAUUGCGCCUUUCCUUCCAAUCAGCUGACUCGAUUCUCAGAAACGAGGCAAGGCAGUCGCUGUCACCUCCUUUCCACUCCGUCGAAGCUGGAGGCGGGCUUGAUAUAUGGAAGCGCUGACCCCGAUGCCAAUGAGGUUCAGAACGGUGCGCCGCGAUUUGCUAGUUUCUGCUUCUAUAACGCCUGACGCUGCGAAUCGCCGAGAAAAUUUUUCCAGUCUCCUUAAGAGCCUCCUGGAGCACGGUCUUGCUCGGAGCCGUGCGGGGCACCCGGCAAGUGGGGAGGGAGCAGCGAACAGCAUGGGCCCGUUGCGCGCAAUGGCGUUUCGGUAGACCUGUGCAUCCUGGAAGCUGG